GAUAAAACUCCCAGUUGGGGGCGUUUUGGGCUCUCAGGCGACUUUACGGCGCCUGGAACCUUGGAUUUGCGCACUGGCAACCUCGCAACUCGCAACUCGCAACUCGAAACACGAAACAGAAGACAGACACUCUAAAGCGCUGCUCCUCCCGCCCAUCCCAUGCCUGGCAACCCUUUUACUUCUUCUUUUCCCACCGCUCUCUCAACAAAAUCACCGUCACUUGGUGCGAUUUUCAUUUCAACCUGGUCGCUGACAACUUAUUUCGCCAUCUGAACAAUUUCAAAUCGCUGCGACAGUCUAACCUCGAGCUGACACAAUCAACUGAUUACACUCCACGCACAUCUUCCCACCAAACACACAACCACCAACAACCACAAUGGCGCAAACACGCGGCGCAACCGGCAACUCCAAGCCUCGAGUCUUCCCAACCGUCAGCGUCGAGCCCGUUCGGAAGCGCAAGGCCACUACAGGAACGGGCGCGACGGGCAAAAAGAAGAAGACCGCGACUGGGGGAGUGAGCAAAAAACGCGCUCCUGCAGCGUCCAGCAAAGGCAAGUCAUCGGUCAAGGACAAGAUCGAAGGCGCCGUAGACAAGUUGACCGGCAGCGUCGAGAACAAGCCUGCAAAGAAAGCCGCAGGUACCAAGAAGAUCAGUGGCACCGAUGGCAAGACCAGCAAGACGGCCAAGAUUAACAAGGUCUAGAGGAGACCGAGUUGGCCAGCCGACCACUGCGACAUACAUGAGUGGCCAUUGACUCAACCUGGGUUUGCAUUCGUUGGCUAGCGACACGGUUGGACCCAUUGGACGGCAUACCAAAUAUGCUAGCAACACGGAAAAUGCACACAGUAACGGAAUGGGCUAGGUGAAGUCUCUUUACGAGUGACGGAUGGGUUGAGAAAGCGGGAGUGCGAGUGGAUGGAAACGGCGUCUUGACGGUUGAAUUUCAUUUGCACGCUUGGACAUUGUAAUGCUAGGCUAUCUUCUGCUCUGCUCUGCUAUCGCUCAAGGAUAUCCGGGGCUAACGAAAUACAUCACUGGAUUGCCUCUUCGUUUGUGAAUUCAUAAAACCUCGUUGCGC